AUGACAGAAGGAGAAGCCGAUCAACAACGCUGUUCUCGUUGUUGUUCUAAUGUUCCACAGGAUGUUUUUAACAUUGAUGUCGAGAUUCGCUACCCUUGGUCUGAAAACUGGGAUGCAACGUUUGCAAGUUUUAUUCAAUCCUUUACCUAUGGUCGCAACAUGUUUUGUUGUGAAGGGUGUGGCCCCGACACCGUGUUUUCAAUGCUUGCUUACACCGGUAUACCUCUGGAUUAUCUUCGAACCGUUGCUGUUCCUUAUGUCUUGGAUAUUGCUCGGGCGGCUCAUGGUGCCCCCGUUAACAUCGGAUGUGAACACAUAUACCUCAAAAUCGAAGUAAAUUUCGACGCGCUGGCUGAUGAUGAGGCCUAUGAGUGGAUGAUUAUUGGUGAUGCUGAUGAGGAUGUGUCUGAGGUAGUCGAAGAGUCAUUGGAUGCAUUCAGUUUCAAGCCUGCUACUUGUUCAUCCAUUGAAGAUUUGAAAAGGUUUAAAUGGGGUGAUGAAGAAGAUCUUCAGCCUUUGAAGAAAAGAGGGAGGUUCCUUGAAGGACCGAGUUCAUCCAAAGAAUGUAUGAUCUGUUUGGACGAGUUUUCGGAUGGCAACGAGAUUGCCUUGAUGCCUUGCCAACAUGUUUACCAUGAUGCUUGCAUUGUUAAGUGGUUAAAAGCAAGUCACUUGUGCCCGUUGUGCCGCUAUCAAAUGCCAAGUUGA